GGCGCGCAGCCCCGCCCGGCGCUGCCUGCAGGCUCCCCUGUGGCCCCGCGGGUCCGAUCGCCGGCCGCGAGAUGCGCCCCCUGCUCGGCCUCCUGCUGGUCUUCGUCGGCUGCACCUUCGCCCUGUACUUGCUGUCGACGCGACUGCCCCGCGGGCGGACGCUGGGCUCCGACGAGGAGACUGGAGGCAGGUCACUGUGGUUCCCCUCAGACUUGGCUGAGCUGCGGGAACUUUCUGAGGUCCUUCGAGAGUACCGGAAGGAGCAUCAGGCCUACGUGUUCCUGCUGUUCUGCAGUGCCUACCUCUACAAACAGGGCUUUGCCAUCCCUGGCUCCAGCUUCCUGAACAUUUUAGCUGGUGCUUUAUUUGGACCAUGGCUGGGGCUUCUGCUGUGUUGUGUUUUGACAUCAGUGGGCGCCACGUGCUGCUACCUGCUCUCUAGUAUUUUUGGCAAACAGCUGGUGGUCUCCUACUUUCCUGAUAAAGUAUCCCUGCUGCAGAGGAAGGUGGAGGAGAACAAAAACAGCUUGUUUUUUUUCUUACUGUUUUUGAGACUUUUCCCCAUGACACCAAACUGGUUCUUGAACCUCUCAGCUCCGAUUCUGAACAUCCCGAUUGUGCAUUUCUUCUUCUCUGUUCUGAUCGGUUUGAUCCCAUACAAUUUUAUCUGUGUGCAGACAGGCUCCAUUCUGUCAACUCUGACCUCUCUGGAUGCUCUUUUCUCCUGGGAAACGGUCUUCAAGCUUUUGGCCAUUGCCCUGGUGGCCUUAGUUCCUGGAACGCUCAUUAAAAAAUUUAGUCAGAAGGACUUGCAUCUGAAUGAAAUAAGCAACACUCAUCAUCUAAAUAGGAAGGACACAUGAUCUGGGUUUUCAGUUGCUGUGUCGCUGGACUUUGUUGCAUUAUUUGUAUAAUGGAUGUGGUCCUGUGCAGCCCCUCGCUGUUUUUUAAUUACCCUCAACAGGUGAUUUGGACACUGUCUAUCUGUGUGCAAUGUUUUUAUAAAGGACACUCUGUGUUCUAGAAGGUGAACUGUAUCAGGUUCUCAAACCAGUCCUGAUUUAGCAGAGCACUCCGUGAAACGUGAAAUGGAUGGCCUUCUAGAAAAUCCUGCUUGUAUUUUGUUGAACAACAAGGAGCUCCGGAUGGUCUAUUGUAUUUGCUUCUCAGCAAGCCAUGCGCUGCCUCAGGAGAGGAUGUGGAUUGUCCUGUCCACAGGGCCUCUUUUGACAAGUGGUAGGCUGUUGUGACCGGUGUUCUGUUAAAUCCCUAGUGGAUGUUACUGGUGUAAAUGAUGGCAUGAACCCACAUCACUGAUGGUACCCCUUCAUCUUGUCAGUCUCUUUGGAGACUGUUUUCUUCUGUAUUUUUUUUUUUUUGCUGCUGACCUACCUCUUCCAUAAACCAAGGGGAACUAGCUGACAAACUGCAUAGAACUUCCACCUACAGUCAAAUGCACCGUGAUUUCUGUGAUACUUUGUGUUCAGAUGCACUGACAUUAUCAUACAUGUCAAAUCUCUUGGUUGCAUGUUCUGACAAUUAAGCUGAUUGCAAAUAGACUAUUAAAUAUGAAUGCAGCAAACUAUGCAUGUUCUGGGUAUGUUCUGGAGACAUUCUUACCUGUCUGAAUGGGGCAGGGCCCCUUGACGCACUGGAACCAAAUGACCUGUCCAUUUUAUAAUCUGUCCUUUCUGUGUGGGAAUCCCAUCUCUGUCCUGCUAGGAGAAUGGGUUCAGUACACUCAGCUGUCAGCCAGCGUAGCCUCUGGAUUUUUGUCAUUUUGUCAUUUGUCAAGAAUAACUGAGAUGUAAUUCUAUUUUAGCUUUUAAUCCGAGGAGAAAAAUUUGGUUUUGGAUUACUUUGUUGUGUUGUAUUUUAAUGAUCUGUAGCUGUUGCUGCUUCUUACGGCUGCAGUAUUGAAUUGACACACACCUGGGUUAAUGCUUCCAAGCACAGAAGGACCUUGGCGCCUGCACUGACCAGCCCUGGGAUCCUACACGGUACAGGAGUAACUCGUCAUUGCUUACCAGAACCCUUGCCUCUGGGCAUCAUCUGCUGGGUUUUGAUUUGGCUCAGCCAAGAAUCUUGCCAAGGCUUUCACUCAAGCCACUUGCUCUACAUGAAUUCUUGAGAAUACUCCUGUUCAGGAGGAAGAAUGAAUUCUCAGGUAGUGUUUUUGGGUCAUGGUAUAUCCAAAAAACACAACAAGGACUUCAUUUUCAAAGAUGUAUUGCUUUAAAAGAAGCGUGGUAACAGGAGUGGGGGUGAGGAGAAGGUUGUGUUCUGGAGGUGGACGGGGAAGUUAGUAUGUUUUCUCCAGGAUUGCAAGUGUGUGCCCUUUGCCCUUUUUCAAGAUCCCUAUGUUUGUCUCUCUCCCUCUUGCCCCACGAUUUUGCUACAAUGUGCCUUACCAGUUGUGAGUUUACAGGCAAAGCAAUUUCCCAAAUAAAUGGAUAUAAACCUUC